AUGGGCCUCAACAUCCCAGGACUGAUGGUGAUGUUGCUCUUCUACCUGCUGGUGCUGGGCACAGGGAUCUGGGCCUCCAUGAAGUCAAAGCGGCUGCAGGACAGCAGCCAAGCCGACCCAAGGGAAAUCACUCUUCUGGGCAAUAGAGGGAUUAGUCUGGUGGUGGGAGUCUUCACCAUGACAGCUACUUUUGUUGGUGGAGGCUUCAUCGUAGGUCUGACAGAGGCCGUGUUUUCGCCAACCAUGGGACUUAUCUGGGCUGUCAUUCCAGUAACAGCAGCCCUGUCUUUCAUUGUUGGUGGACUGUUAUUUGCCAAGACAAUGAGAGACAGAAAAUACAUAACAAUGAUGGAUCCAUUCCAGAUCAAGUAUGGGAAUUUAGUAAGUGGAGUUCUUUCCCUGGCAUUGCUGACCUCAGACAUACUCUGGGUUACAGGAACUCUUAUUGGCCUGGGAGCAACAAUGAGCGUGAUCUUGGAUUUGUCCUACACUAUUUGUAUUUUGAUUUCUGCUGCUGUAGCCAUCGUCUACACACUGUUGGGAGGUCUCUACUCUGUUGCCUACACAGACAUCAUCCAGUUAACCCUGAUAUUCUUUAGCAUGUGGUUAUGUGUCCCUUUCAUCAUGAUGAACCCUUAUUCAGCUGACAUAACCAAGACGGCUUUAAACUUUACCUACCAGGCACCCUGGAUUGGUUCAGUUGAUAAAGAAAGAGCAUGGAGGUGGAUUGAUAAUUUCCUAAUAUUGGCUCUUGGAAAUAUUGGAUAUCAGGACUUUCACCAGAGGACCCUGUCCGCAUCCUCAUCAUCCACAGCCAGGAUCACCUGCUUCAUUGCAGCUCCACUCGUCUUCAUACUUGGAGUUCCAUCUGUUUUGAUUGGAGCAGUCGCAGCAUCAACAGACUGGAAUAAGACCACGUAUGGCUCUCCAUCCCCAUAUGAACGUGGAGAGGCUGGUCAGAUUCUUCCCAUUGCUCUGCAGCAUCUCAGCCCACCCUACAUCUCCAUCGUCGGCAUUGGCGCUGUGGCUGCUGCUGUGAUGUCAUCAACAGACUCUUCUUUGUUGUCAGCCAGUUCAAUCUUUGCAUCCAACAUCUAUAAAAACAUCCUGAGGACCGGGGCAUCAGACAGGGAGAUCCAGUGGGUGAUCCGUAUCACUGUGGUAUCGGUGGGCUUGGCUGGCACAUCGCUCACCCUCUUACAGAACAGCAUCAUGGUUUUCUGGAUCCUGGGCUCAGGCAUAACCUACACCAUCAUGUUUCCUCAACUCAUCUGUGUCCUCUACUUUAAAAUCUGUAACGGCUAUGGCUCCAUCAUGGGCUUGCUGCUUGGAGUGGUGUUGAGAGUGCUGAGUGGCGAGCCAUCCAUUGGGUUGCCUGUUGUUCUUGAGUUCCCAGGAUGCACCUUUGAGGAUGGUAAAUAUGUUCAGCAUGCUCCUGUCAGCACUAUCUGCAUGUUUUCCACCUUCUUUGCCACUUUAUUGUUCUCCUAUUUGGCCUUACUGCUCUUCAAUAGAGGGCUGAUCCCUGAGAGGUGGGAUGUGUUUAAAGUGAAAAGAUACAAACCACAACAGAGACUUUCAUCAAUGAACAGUCAAAGCAUAAAAACAGAUGAAGAGGAGAAACUGGAAGAUCAGAGGGAUAAUGAAUUGGUGUUAAUGGAGACGUUUCAGCGGCACUGA